AUUCCGUUUCCGUUAGGAACAAGGUCAAAUCUUAGAUGCACAUCAAAGGCCUUCCUGUUGAAAAAAGCAAAGCAUCGGCUAACAGAAACAGGCUACAUCUGCGCGCUUGGUUGCGAGGGCGUCCAAAAAACCUGGAUGGCUAAACCGGCGCGAUCGCCGACGGCGGAGGCCCUGCCGGCCGCGGAGAAGUCCCGCUCCGCGGUCGGGUCGGGGCUCCGGUCCCUCGCCAGCGCCGCCUCUGGAUUUCUGGAUCGGUGGUCGGUCGUCGGGACGGGCGUCUCCAGGCUCGAGAAAACUCUCGGCGACCAGUUCCCCGAGGGUGAGCACUACUUCGGCCUGGAGAAUUUUGGCAAUACCUGCUACUGCAACAGCGUGCUGCAGGCACUUUAUUAUUGUAUUCCGUUUCGGGAGCAGUUGCUGGAAUAUUAUGCAAAUUACAGGAAUCCAGGAGAUGCUGAGGAAAAUUUGUUGACCUGCUUGGCAGAUCUUUUUGCGCAGAUAAGCCUAUCGAAGAAAAAGACUGGUGUUAUUUCUCCAAAACGUUUUGUCCAUAGAGUGAGGAAACAGAAUGAAUUGUUUCGUAGUAAUAUGCACCAGGAUGCCCAUGAAUUUUUGAAUUUUUUGUUGAAUGAGAUUGUCGAUAUUCUGGAAAAAGAGUUUAGUACUGUGAAGGAUUCUCCUGAAAGCACAUCCCCUGGAGGGGUGGCAAAUGGCGAAGUUUAUCAUUUAGCCAAUGAAGUUCGAAGGGAGCCGCUGGUUACAUGGGUCCACAAGAAUUUUCAGGGUAUUUUGACCAAUGAAACAAAGUGCCUGAUGUGUGAGACUGUCACCGCAAAGGAUGAGACAUUUUUAGAUUUGAGCAUCGACAUUGAACAGAAUAGUUCACUAACAAGCUGCCUGAAGAGUUUCUUUUCCACCGAGAUUUUAAAUGCCGAGGACAAGUUUUUCUGUGACAACUGCUGCAGUUUGCAAGAAGCACAGAAGAGAAUGAAGAUAAAAAAGGCGCCACAAAUAUUGGUGAUCCACUUAAAGCGCUUCAAGUUCAUUGAACAGCUGAGUCAGCACAAGAAACUGUCAUACCGAGUGGUAUACCCCAUGGAGCUGAAGCUGAGCAGUGCCUCUGAUGAUGUGGAUUGCGAAUACUCACUCUUUGCUGUGGUAGUCCACGUUGGGAACGCUGCCAACCACGGACAUUAUGUAAGCCAGAUUAAAAGCGGCGACCACUGGCUGUCAUUUGACGAUGACAGUGUUGACAAAAUUCAGGAGUCAACCCUGCAAACGUUCUAUGGUUCUUCUCGCGAAUAUUCUGGCAACAGCGAUCAUGGCUACAUCUUGUUCUAUGAGAGCGUUGCAAAGAGCUAGGAAUUUUCCAGGAUUAGUGCUAGCGCUGAAAAUAAUAAUUACAGUGUGCAGGAUGGGAACCUGAUACCUUUUGGUUUCAAAAUUUCCUCAGUUUAUUUACUGCACUGCAAUAGAAUAUAGAGUAAUUCCAUAAGUGAAAGUUCGACUAAAGUUUUUCUUGUAACAGAGACCAAACGGGUAUUCAGAUUCGGACAGAACUUGUAUGGCGAUUUGGCUCCUGAGCCCAGAUGCUCCGGCAAUCUGGACCGCCGUGCUUUGUCUAGGAUGCAAAAAAGGCCAUAUUCAA